AUGGUGCAGACCAGAAGACAAGCGGCCGCCCGCCCGGAUUCGGUCCUGAUGACCGCCGACCAGCUCCCGCCAUUGAAGACCCGUCGAAAGCCCCUCUGCCGGGACUGUCCUCCCCGAUCGAUGGUUGCGUUUGUGAGAGAGGAAGACUUCCCCAAAGUGGAGCGAAAGGACGACGAGAGGCCCCGGUCACGUUGCACAAUCCCUCCCAGUGCCGGUGUUGAGGUGCUGGAUUGUGAGGGCUGGAGUCGAGGUUAUGAGAACGCUCGGCGGCCCGGCCAUGGCAAGAAUUUCAGAGUUUGCCUGCACUGUGCGCGAAGGAACUGGGACCUCUUUACUUGGACCAGGAAACCAUACAGUGUUGACCUUUGCCGUAGGUGUUCACUAACUUGUCGCGCUGGAGAUAGAUAUCCGGGAGACGGCCGCAACGAGUGCCAAUGCCACAUUCUCUGUAUCGACAGGAGCGUCCAUUUGUGCUACGGCUGUCGGCAAGAGCAGCAACAACGGGAAUACCAGAGACUGGGCGAGUGGGCUCGGCUCCGCAUGAUGCACAUACACGGCAAAGAGGAUGAACCUUGCAACUACAACGAAUGUACCCGUAUCAGCCAUUACGUCGAUAAUGACCAUCACCCGUUCGGCGAGUCGGGAUGUAUCUGUCCCCGAAACCUUGACGAGGGCGCCAAGCUUGAAACCUACGAUGUGAAUGGUAGACUGGAUUUUGGUGGUAUGGUGCGAAUGUGUUUGCACUGCCGGCGCGAAGUCUUUGUGAUAAGGCGGUUUACAUAUUAUCCGCCUGAAUGGUCAUAG